AUGAUUGUAAGUUUUCAUAAACUUUGUGUUUUUACGCUUAUACCAGAAAAAUAUUUAAAAUUAAAAAAUAAAUAACUGUGAUUUCGUAUUUUAUAAUUCCAGGGCGCAAUAAGAACCGAAAAAGACUACUAUUUAAUAUCCGUCAACCCGAUGCUUCGAAACGUUAAUCCAGUAGUAAUACACGUUAUGUUGACACUCCAAUGCGGGUUAUGUGAGUUGCCAGCAAUAAGAGACUUUGUCCAUUUUUACUACCGCUACACAAUGUUAUCCAAAGAAGUCGUAUGGACUAAAUCGCGUUAUGUCAAUUAUAUUAUCAUACUUUCUGUUUUCAUGCUAAUUGAUGUCGCACUUUUGUACGCUGGGUGUGUACCGGAAAACCCAAAUAGUAUUGCGGAUAUUACUAGUAAACUUGAAGAUGGUUUUCCUAUGCCUCGGGAUAUCAUGACGGAUGUGGUAGGUUAAGAAAGUAAAAAAACGCACAUACAAAAAAAACUCAAAUACUAAAUAAAAAAGCUUUUUAGACCAAUCCAGUGUUUGCCGUAGCCGCUCUCCUAGGCCAAAUCAUUAACAUCUUUGUCUACGCCGGGAUGUUUAUAUGUGGCUUUAAAAUCAAGCGCCAAAUGAAUCAAAAUAAGUCCGCCUUCAACAGUACCCAACAAGCUCAAACAUACCUUGUAAGAGUUAUGAUAUUACAAGCCGUUUACCCAUUUUUCCUAUUUUUACUACCAAUGUUCAAUGCCAUAUAUCACAUAUAUACAAAAAAUGAUCUAAAUGAACGAUUGUAUAUGAACAGCGUAUGGCUAGAAUUACUGCCAUUGGUAGAUGCUAUACUAGUACUGUUGGUUAUACCUUCGUAUAGACGUGAAUUGUGUGGCCAGAAAACAAAAACAGUUGUCACUAAAACACCUUCUUGGAGCGAAAAAAGCAAAAACACGAGCAAUGUUAAUCAUAAUAAUGUACGGUGAUGAUUGUUUUGUACAUGGACGUAUUGUCGUAGCACAAGAUGUUUGAAGAAAGCUUUCAUUAUAGUGAACAGAAAACCAUGUCUUUCUGGCUUGUUUUUUUUUCUUAUUAAUGAAACCUUUGUAUGAAGAAACUCCUGUAUAACGAACAAACUUUUGAAUACCCUAGCGAUUCGUCAUACAUUCAAUUGUAAUCUUAUAAAUUACAUAAAUAUAUUCCUAAAUUAUAGGGCCCAAACUAUAUAUUUAUCUUUCAUAUAACAUGCAUAUAUAUGGGAUAACACAUUGAUGACAUAAGACAGCCUAUUGCCAGGCUGCCUUGUUAGAUGGCUAGGGAUAUAGAGUCGACCUAUUGACAGGUCGCCCUUUUGGCUGAGCUUUGGGACGACCUCUUGCUGGGUCGUCGCGUUCCAAAACUGGACGUGAAGUCUGAUCGCUUCGCGAUCUAG